CUGGAGGGGCGGCAGGGGUGCUGGGUGUGGUGGUGAAUGCCCCAGGCGCCCUCUGUUUCCUGGGCAGCUCUGCGGCUAUGGAUGUGUUCCAGAAGGUGGAGAAGAUCGGAGAGGGCACCUAUGGGGUGGUGUAUAAGGCCAAGAACAAGGAGACAGGGCAGCUCGUGGCCCUCAAGAAGAUCAGGCUGGAUUUGGAAACGGAGGGCGUCCCAAGCACGGCCAUCAGGGAGAUCUCCCUGCUCAAAGAGCUUAAGCACCCCAACAUCGUCAGGCUGCUGGACGUGGUGCAUAGUGAGAAGAAGCUUUACCUGGUGUUUGAGUUCCUCAGCCAGGACCUGAAGAAGUACAUGGACUCCGCCCCAGCCUCCGAGCUGCCCCUGCACUUGGUCAAGAGCUACCUCUACCAGCUGCUGCAGGGGGUGAAUUUCUGCCACUCACAUCGGGUCAUCCACCGCGACCUGAAGCCCCAGAAUCUGCUCAUCAAUGAGCUGGGUGCCAUCAAGCUGGCUGACUUUGGACUGGCUCGAGCCUUCGGGGUGCCCCUACGCACCUACACCCACGAGGUGGUGACACUCUGGUAUCGUGCCCCUGAGAUCCUCUUGGGCAGCAAGUUCUAUUCCACGGCCGUGGAUGUCUGGAGCAUUGGUUGCAUCUUUGCCGAGAUGGUGACCCGCAGAGCCCUGUUUCCUGGUGACUCUGAGAUUGACCAGCUCUUCCGCAUCUUUCGGACCCUGGGGACACCCAGUGAAGCCAUGUGGCCAGGGGUCACCCAGCUGCCUGACUAUAAGGGCAGUUUCCCCAAGUGGACCAGGAAGGGGCUGGAGGAGAUCGUGCCCAGUCUGGAACCAGAGGGCAAGGACCUGCUCAUGCAACUCUUGCAGUACGACCCCGGCCGGCGGAUCUCAGCCAAGGCUGCCCUUGUGCAUCCAUACUUCUCGUCCACGGAGACCUCCCCAGCCCCCCACCAGUACGUGCUGGAGCGGUUCUGCCGCUGA